AUGACAGGUGAUUCACGAGACUUUCUGAAAUUGUACGCUGAUGCGAUACAUAAUGCCCAUGUUUUGACCGGAGACAUGCACUUUCUUGACUUGCGGCGUGCAUUCGACAUGACAUGCGAGCUGCAACAACAUGUUGUUGGCUUAAUAUACGGACGUAAAGGACAUCUUAUAAAUUUGGAAGCCGUUAUAAAAAUGAAAAGUGAAGGCACAAGUAUGAACACAGAAAUGGAUGCACAACGAAAUCAUGACGAUCAAAAUCAAAACAGUGAAGUUAUGGGCAGUGAAAAUAUUGAAAAUGGAGAGGCAAUAAAUAACAUUCAUCAUUUGUGUGAACCAUCAAACCAGGUAGUCAAUAAUACAGUACCUCCUAACAGUCAAAUCAGUAGUACAUGUGGUACUCUUACACCCAGUACUAGUACUUCUACCCCAGAGGAAGCAUGGAAACCAAUAAGUGAUAAACACAAGUUAAUCUCUAUAGACUUCCUUUGUCAAUAUAUGCUUGAAACUGGUGCUACUACUACUGGUUUCAUCAGUGACACAACGGAGUGUAGUGCAUGUAAACUGAGAAACUGCGUGCAUUAUGAAACGGAAGUCACCAUGGUUUGCGCAGCGUGCCCGCGAUUCCCUCGUCUUUGUUCAGCACAAUGUUUUGGAUGGUGGCACAAUGUUCAUUUACCGGCAUCCGGCAAUAAACCAGGAACAACAAUCGAAUCUAAUCAAACCGAUACAACAAUAAGAAAAUCAAAUGACCAAGUUAUGGUUUCAGAAUCCCAGGUACUUGAUCAAUCAAGUGAAUUUAGAGCGCCUGAGGAAUCAGUCCUCCAACCUUGUACAACAUCCGUACGUCGGAUGGUCGGAAAAAGAAAACGACGUAAAGCAGCCUGA